UCUUCGCCAACGCCCCCUUCCCCUCUCCCCUUCCCGGCUGGGCGCAGAGCCCCCAUCCCCACCCCCGUGGGAACGCUCGGAGCCUGCACUCCUCAGACCCUCUGCUCGCCUCUUCCCUCACCUCAGCCCCCGCUCCCCGCCCUCUUCCCGGCCCUGGGCGCCGGCCGACCGGUCCCUCCGCCGCCCCCCGGCCGCGGGGAGGACAUGGCCGCGCACAGGCCGGUGGAAUGGGUCCAGGCCGUGGUCAGCCGCUUCGACGAGCAGCUUCCAAUAAAAACAGGACAGCAGAACACACAUACCAAAGUCAGUACUGAACGCAACAAGGAAUGUCUGAUCAAUAUUUCUAAGUACAAGUUUUCUUUGGUUAUUAGUGGCCUCACUAAUAUCUUAAAGAAUGUUAAUAAUAUGAGAAUAUUUGGAGAAGCUGCUGAAAAAAAUUUGUAUCUUUCUCAGUUGAUUAUAUUGGAUACACUGGAAAAAUGUCUUGCUGGGCAACCAAAGGAUACAAUGAGAUUAGAUGAGACGAUGCUGGUUAAACAGUUGCUGCCAGAAAUCUGCCAUUUUCUUCACACCUGUCGUGAAGGAAACCAGCAUGCAGCUGAACUUCGGAAUUCUGCCUCUGGGGUUUUAUUUUCUCUCAGUUGCAACAACUUCAAUGCAGUCUUUAGUCGAAUUUCAACCAGGUUACAGGAGUUGACUGUUUGUUCAGAAGACAAUGUUGAUGUUCAUGAUAUAGAAUUGUUACAGUAUAUCAAUGUGGAUUGUGCAAAAUUAAAACGACUUCUGAAGGAAACAGCAUUUAAAUUUAAAGCUUUAAAGAAAGUUGCACAGUUAGCAGUUAUAAAUAGCUUGGAAAAGGCAUUUUGGAAUUGGGUAGAAAAUUAUCCAGAUGAAUUUACAAAGCUGUACCAGAUUCCACAGACUGAUAUGGCUGAGUGCGCAGAAAAGCUGUUUGACUUGGUGGAUGGCUUUGCUGAAAGCACCAAACGUAAAGCCGCAGUGUGGCCGUUACAAAUCAUUCUUCUUAUCUUGUGUCCAGAAAUAAUCCAGGAUAUAUCCAAGGAUGUGGUUGAUGAAAACAACAUGAAUAAGAAAUUGUUUCUGGACAGUUUACGAAAAGCACUUGCUGGCCACGGAGGAAGCAGGCAGCUAACAGAAAGUGCUGCCAUUGCCUGUGUCAAACUGUGUAAAGCAAGUACUUAUAUCAACUGGGAAGAUAACUCUGUCAUUUUCCUACUGGUCCAGUCCAUGGUGGUUGAUCUUAAGAACUUGCUUUUUAAUCCAAGUAAACCGUUCUCCAGAGGCAGUCAGCCUGCGGAUGUGGAUCUGAUGAUUGACUGCCUUGUUUCUUGCUUUCGUAUAAGCCCUCACAACAACCAACACUUUAAGAUCUGCCUGGCUCAGAAUUCACCUUCUACAUUUCACUAUGUGCUGGUAAAUUCACUGCAUCGAAUCAUCACCAAUUCUGCAUUGGAUUGGUGGCCUAAGAUUGAUGCUGUGUAUUGCCACUCAGUUGAACUUCGAAAUAUGUUUGGUGAAACACUUCAUAAAGCACUUCAGGGCUGCGGAGCACAUCCAGCAAUACGAAUGGCACCAAGUCUUACUUUUAAAGAAAAAGUAACAAGCCUUAAAUUUAAAGAAAAACCUACAGACCUGGAGACAAGAAGCUAUAAAUAUCUGCUCUUGUCUAUGGUGAAACUGAUUCAUGCGGAUCCAAAGCUCUUGCUUUGUAAUCCAAGGAAACAGGGGCCUGAGACCCAAGGCAGUACGGCAGAACUAAUUACAGGGCUAGUGCAACUGGUCCCUCAGUCACACAUGCCAGAGAUUGCUCAGGAAGCGAUGGAGGCUCUGCUGGUUCUUCAUCAGUUAGAUAGCAUUGAUUUGUGGAAUCCCGAUGCUCCUGUGGAAACUUUUUGGGAGAUUAGCUCACAGAUGCUUUUUUACAUCUGCAAGAAAUUAACUAGUCAUCAGAUGCUUAGUAGCACAGAAAUUCUCAAGUGGUUACGGGAAAUUCUGAUCUGCAGGAAUAAAUUUCUUCUUAAAAAUAAGCAGGCAGAUAGAAGUUCCUGUCACUUUCUUUACCUAUAUGGGGUAGGAUGUGACGUGCCUUCUAGUGGGAAUACCAGUCAGAUGUCCAUGGAUCACGAAGAGUUGCUGCGGUCCUGUGCUCCGGGAGCCUCUCUCCGGAAGGGGAGAGGGAACUCCUCUGUGGAUGGUGCUGCAGGUUGCAGUGGAACCCCACCCAUAUGCCGACAAGCCCAGACCAAACUGGAAGUGGCUCUGUACAUGUUUCUGUGGAGCCCGGACACUGAAGCUGUCCUGGUUGCCAUGUCCUGUUUCCGCCACCUCUGUGAGGAAGCAGAUAUCCGGUGUGGGGUAGAUGAAGUGUCAGUGCACAACUUCUUGACCAACUAUAACACGUUCAUGGAGUUCGCCUCCGUCAGCAAUAUGAUGUCAACAGGAAGAGCAGCACUUCAGAAAAGAGUGAUGGCACUGCUGCGACGCAUCGAGCAUCCCACUGCAGGGAACACAGAGGCUUGGGAAGAUACACAUGCAAAAUGGGAGCAAGCUACAAAAUUAAUCCUUAACUAUCCAAAAGCCAAAAUGGAAGAUGGCCAGGCUGCCGAGAGCCUUCACAAGACCAUUGUUAAGAGGCGAAUGUCCCAUGUGAGUGGAGGAGGAUCCAUAGAUUUGUCUGACACAGACUCCCUGCAGGAAUGGAUCAACAUGACCGGCUUCCUUUGUGCUCUUGGGGGUGUGUGCCUGCAGCAGAGGAGCAAUUCUGGCCUGGCGACCUAUAGCCCACCCAUGGGCCCCGUCAGUGAGCGAAAGGGUUCCAUGAUUUCAGUGAUGUCUUCAGACGGAAAUGCAGACACACCUGUUAGCAAAUUUAUGGACAGGCUGCUCUCCUUGAUGGUGUGUAACCAUGAGAAAGUGGGACUUCAGAUACGGACCAACGUUAAGGAUCUAGUGGGUCUAGAGUUGAGUCCUGCUCUUUAUCCAAUGUUGUUUAACAAAUUGAAGAACACCAUCAGCAAGUUUUUUGAUUCCCAAGGACAGGUUUUAUUGACUGACACCAAUACUCAGUUUGUAGAGCAAACCAUAGCUAUAAUGAAGAACUUACUAGAUAAUCAUACCGAAGGCAGCUCUGAACAUCUGGGCCAAGCUAGCAUUGAAACGAUGAUGUUAAAUCUGGUCAGAUAUGUUCGUGUGCUUGGAAAUAUGGUCCAUGCAAUUCAAAUAAAAACAAAGCUGUGUCAGUUAGUUGAAGUCAUGAUGGCAAGAAGAGAUGACCUCUCAUUUUGUCAAGAGAUGAAAUUUAGGAAUAAGAUGGUAGAAUACCUGACAGACUGGGUUAUGGGAACAUCAAACCAAGCAGCAGAUGAUGAUGUAAAAUGUCUUACAAGAGAUUUGGACCAGGCAAGCAUGGAAGCAGUAGUUUCACUCCUGGCUGGUCUUCCGCUGCAGCCUGAGGAAGGAGAUGGUGUGGAACUGAUGGAAGCCAAAUCACAGUUAUUUCUUAAGUACUUCACGUUAUUUAUGAACCUUCUGAAUGACUGUAGUGAAGUUGAAGAUGAAAAUGCACAGACAGGUGGCAGGAAGCGUGGCAUGUCUCGGAGGCUGGCAUCACUGAGGCACUGUACAGUUCUUGCGAUGUCGAACUUGCUCAAUGCUAAUGUGGACAGUGGCCUCAUGCACUCCAUAGGUUUAGGUUAUCACAAGGAUCUCCAGACGAGAGCUACAUUUAUGGAAGUUCUGACAAAAAUCCUUCAACAAGGCACAGAGUUUAAUACCCUUGCAGAAACGGUGCUGGCAGAUCGGUUUGAGAGACUAGUGGAGUUGGUCACGAUGAUGGGUGAUCAGGGAGAGCUCCCCAUAGCUAUGGCCCUGGCCAAUGUGGUCCCUUGUUCGCAGUGGGAUGAACUAGCUCGAGUUCUGGUUACCCUAUUUGAUUCUCGGCAUUUGCUCUACCAACUGCUCUGGAACAUGUUUUCGAAGGAAGUAGAAUUAGCAGACUCUAUGCAGACUCUCUUCCGAGGCAACAGCUUGGCCAGCAAAAUAAUGACCUUCUGUUUCAAGGUAUAUGGUGCUACCUACCUACAAAAACUCCUGGAUCCUUUAUUACGAAUUGUCAUUACAUCCUCUGAUUGGCAACAUGUCAGCUUUGAAGUAGAUCCUACCAGAUUGGAACCAUCAGAGAGCCUUGAGGAAAACCAGCGAAACCUCCUUCAGAUGACGGAGAAGUUCUUCCACGCCAUCAUCAGCUCCUCCUCAGAGUUCCCCCCUCAACUUCGCAGUGUGUGCCACUGUUUAUACCAGGCAACUUGCCACUCCCUACUGAACAAAGCUACAGUAAAAGAAAAAAAGGAAAACAAAAAAUCAGUGGUUAGCCAGCGUUUUCCUCAGAACAGCAUCGGCGCAGUAGGAAGUGCCAUGUUCCUCCGAUUUAUCAAUCCUGCCAUUGUCUCACCGUAUGAAGCAGGCAUUUUAGAUAAAAAGCCACCACCUAGAAUCGAAAGGGGCUUGAAGUUAAUGUCAAAGAUACUUCAGAGUAUUGCCAAUCAUGUUCUCUUCACAAAAGAGGAGCAUAUGCGGCCUUUUAAUGAUUUUGUGAAAAGCAACUUUGAUGCAGCUCGAAGGUUUUUCCUUGAUAUAGCGUCAGAUUGCCCUACAAGUGAUGCAGUAAAUCAUAGUCUUUCCUUCAUCAGUGAUGGCAAUGUGCUUGCUUUACAUCGUCUUCUUUGGAACAAUCAAGAGAAAAUUGGCCAGUAUCUUUCCAGCAAUAGGGAUCAUAAAGCUGUUGGAAGACGACCUUUUGAUAAAAUGGCAACCCUUCUCGCAUACCUGGGCCCUCCAGAGCACAAGCCUGUGGCAGACACACACUGGUCCAGCCUUAACCUUACCAGCUCCAAGUUUGAGGAAUUUAUGACAAGGCAUCAGGUACAUGAGAAAGAAGAGUUCAAGGCUUUGAAAACAUUAAGUAUUUUCUACCAAGCUGGGACUUCCAAAGCUGGGAAUCCUAUUUUUUAUUAUGUUGCACGGAGGUUCAAAACUGGCCAAAUCAAUGGCGACCUGCUGAUAUACCACGUCUUGCUAACUUUAAAGCCAUAUUAUGCAAAGCCAUAUGAAAUCGUAGUGGACCUUACGCAUACUGGGCCCAGCAAUCGCUUUAAAACAGACUUCCUCUCCAAGUGGUUUGUUGUUUUUCCUGGCUUUGCUUAUGACAAUGUCUCUGCAGUCUAUGUCUACAACUGUAACUCCUGGGUCAGGGAGUACACCAAGUACCACGAGCGGCUGCUGACUGGUCUCAAAGGUAGUAAAAGACUCAUCUUCAUAGAUUGUCCUGGGAAACUGGCUGAGCACAUAGAGCACGAACAACAGAAACUGCCUGCUGCCACCUUGGCUUUAGAAGAGGACCUAAAGGUGUUCCACAAUGCUCUCAAGCUAGCUCACAAAGACACCAAAGUUUCCAUUAAGGUUGGUUCUACUGCUGUUCAAGUAACCUCAGCUGAGAGAACAAAAGUCCUAGGGCAGUCAGUUUUUCUAAAUGAUAUCUAUUAUGCCUCGGAAAUUGAAGAGAUCUGCCUAGUAGAUGAGAACCAGUUCACCUUAACCAUUGCAAACCAGGGCACACCACUCACCUUCAUGCAUCAGGAGUGUGAAGCCAUCGUCCAGUCUAUCAUUCAUAUCCGGACGCGCUGGGAGCUGUCACAGCCUGACUCCAUCCCCCAGCACACCAAGAUUCGGCCAAAAGACGUCCCUGGGACACUGCUUAAUAUUGCAUUACUUAAUUUGGGCAGUUCAGACCCUAGUUUACGGUCAGCUGCCUAUAAUCUUCUCUGUGCCUUAACUUGUACUUUUAAUUUAAAAAUCGAGGGCCAGUUACUAGAGACAUCAGGUUUAUGUAUCCCCGCCAACAACACUCUCUUUAUUGUCUCGAUUAGUAAGACACUGGCAGCCAACGAGCCACACCUCACGUUAGAAUUUUUGGAAGAGUGUAUUUCUGGAUUUAGCAAAUCUAGUAUUGAGUUGAAGCACCUCUGUUUGGAAUACAUGACUCCGUGGCUGUCCAAUCUAGUCCGUUUUUGCAAGCAUAACGAUGAUGCCAAACGACAAAGAGUGACUGCUAUUCUUGAUAAGCUGAUAACAAUGACAAUAAAUGAAAAACAGAUGUACCCGUCUAUUCAAGCAAAAAUAUGGGGGAGCCUUGGGCAGAUUACAGAUCUACUUGAUGUUGUACUAGACAGCUUCAUCAAAACCAGUGCAACAGGUGGCUUGGGAUCCAUCAAAGCUGAGGUGAUGGCAGACACUGCUGUAGCCUUGGCCUCUGGAAAUGUGAAAUUGGUUUCAAGCAAGGUUAUUGGACGGAUGUGCAAAAUAAUUGAUAAGACGUGCUUGUCUCCAACUCCGACUUUGGAGCAGCAUCUGAUGUGGGAUGACAUCGCCAUCUUAGCACGCUACAUGCUGAUGCUGUCCUUCAACAACUCCCUCGAUGUGGCAGCUCACCUCCCCUAUCUCUUCCACGUCGUGACGUUCUUAGUGGCCACAGGCCCACUCUCGCUGAGAGCUUCCACACAUGGGCUGGUCAUCAAUAUCAUCCACUCGCUGUGCACUUGUUCACAGCUUCAGUUUAGUGAAGAGACCAAGCAAGUUUUGAGACUCAGUCUGACAGAGUUCUCAUUGCCAAAAUUUUACUUGCUGUUUGGCAUUAGCAAAGUCAAGUCAGCCGCAGUCAUUGCUUUCCGUUCCAGUUACCGGGACAGGUCAUUCUCUCCUGGCUCCUACGAGAGGGAGACUUUUGCUUUGACAUCUUUGGAAACAGUCACAGAAGCCUUGUUGGAGAUCAUGGAGGCAUGUAUGAGAGACAUUCCAACAUGCAAGUGGCUGGACCAGUGGACAGAACUAGCGCAAAGAUUUGCAUUCCAAUAUAAUCCAUCCCUACAACCAAGAGCUCUUGUUGUCUUUGGCUGUAUUAGCAAACGAGUGUCUCAUGGCCAGAUAAAGCAAAUUAUCCGUAUUCUUAGCAAGGCACUUGAGAGUUGCUUAAAAGGACCUGAUACUUACAACAGUCAAGUUCUGAUAGAAGCUACAGUAAUAGCACUAACCAAAUUACAGCCACUUCUUAAUAAGGACUCCCCUCUACACAAAGCCCUCUUUUGGGUAGCUGUGGCCGUGCUGCAGCUCGAUGAGGUCAACUUGUAUUCAGCAGGCACCGCACUUCUUGAACAAAACUUGCACACCCUGGAUAGUCUCCGGAUAUUCAAUGACAAGAGUCCAGAAGAAGUGUUUAUGGCAAUCCGGAAUCCUCUGGAAUGGCACUGCAAGCAAAUGGAUCAUUUUGUUGGACUCAAUUUCAACUCCAACUUUAAUUUUGCACUGGUUGGACACCUCUUAAAAGGGUACAGACAUCCUUCACCUGCUAUUGUUGCAAGAACAGUCAGAAUUUUGCAUACACUACUAACUUUGGUUAACAAACACAGAAACUGUGACAAGUUUGAGGUGAAUACGCAGAGUGUGGCUUACUUAGCAGCUUUACUCACAGUGUCUGAAGAGGUUCGAGGUCGGUUCAGCUUAAAACAUAGACAGUCACUUCUUCUUACUGAUAUUUCAAUGGAAAAUGUUCCUAUGGACACAUAUCCCGUUCAUCAUGGUGAUCCCAGCUACAGGACACUAAAGGAGAAUCAGCCGUGGUCCUCUCCCAAAGGUUCUGAAGGGCAUCUGACAGCCACCUAUCCAACUGUGGGACAGACCAGUCCCCGAGCCAGGAAGUCCAUGAGCUUGGAUAUGGGGCAGCCUUCUCAGGCUAACACUAAGAAAUUGCUUGGAACAAGGAAAAGUUUUGAUCACUUGAUAUCAGACACAAAGGCUCCUAAAAGGCAAGAAAUGGAAUCAGGGAUGACAACACCCCCCAAAAUGAGAAGAGUAGCAGAAACUGAUUAUGAAAUGGAAACUCCAAGGAUUUCCUCAGCACAGCAGCACCCGCAUUUAUGUAAGGUUUCCAUGUCUGAAUCGAAUGCUCUCUUGGAUGAAGAAGUGCUGACUGAUCCGAAGAUUCAAGCGCUGCUUCUUACCGUUCUAGCUACUCUGGUAAAAUAUACCACGGAUGAGUUUGAUCAACGAAUUCUUUAUGCGUACUUAGCAGAGGCCAGUGUGGUAUUCCCCAAAGUUUUUCCUGUUGUGCACAAUUUGCUGGACUCUAAGAUCAACACCCUGUUGUCAUUGUGCCAAGACCCCAAUCUGUUAAAUCCAAUCCAUGGAAUCGUGCAGAGUGUGGUGUAUCAUGAAGAAUCCCCUCCACAGUACCAGACGUCUUACCUGCAAAGUUUUGGCUUUAAUGGCUUAUGGCGGUUUGCAGGACCCUUUUCAAAGCAAACACAAAUCCCAGACUAUGCUGAGCUUAUUGUUAAGUUUCUUGAUGCCUUGAUUGACACGUACUUGCCUGGAAUUGAUGAAGAAGCCAGUGAGGAGUCCCUCCUGACACCCACAUCUCCUUACCCUCCUGCACUGCAGAGCCAGCUUAGUAUCACUGCCAACCUUAACCUCUCUAAUUCCAUGACCUCACUUGCAACUUCCCAGCAUUCCCCAGGACUGGACAAGGAGAACGUGGAACUCUCCCCCACCACCGGCCACUGCAACAGCGGGCGCACGCGCCACGGAUCCGCAAGCCAAGUGCAGAAGCAGAGAAGCGCCGGCAGUUUCAAACGGAAUAGCAUCAAGAAGAUCGUGUGA